AUGGCUGAAUCUCAAAAGAUGAAGGUGGCCCUUGUGCGCUGCCCGCCACCAAACUGGCCGCUUCCUUUGCAGAACCGCGACUGGACUGGUAUAGAUAUCGACAUUUCACAAACAAUUGAAGUUGGUCUACGCCUAAUGCGCGAAGCCAAAGACGCCGGUGCCACCUUGAUCACGUUUCCUGAACUUUGGUUCCCUGGAUUUCCCAAAUGGAGGGAACAGAAUGACUGGAAGAAAACACAUCUGGCCUCCUACAUUGAGAACUCCCUGGAAAUUGGGAGUCACGAGUGGGAUACGUUGAUUGAUGGGAUCAAGUCCGUGGGUAUCUGGGCUGCUGUCGCAUUUUCCGAAAGAUCUGGGAACCAAAUCUAUAUGGCCCAGGCACUGAUCUCCGAAGCUGGCGAGGUGGUCAUGCAUCGUCGGAAACUGAGACCAUCUGGUUCAGAACGGGAUAUGUUUAGCGAUGGCACGGUCGACCAGCUCAGAGUGGUGAACACCCCCCUGGGUCGUGUUGGCAUGCUUCAGUGUGGCGAACACUUCUAUCCAAGCAUGAAUUUCGUCAUGGCUGCUCAGCGCCCGAAGCUCCAUAUUGGCGCAUGGCCCUUUGCUGCAAAUUUUGAUGACGACACCGAUAGCAUAUUCUACAAUGCCUCCCUCGUGACCAGGGGCGCUGGCUCUUAUGCCCUCAACAGCGGCGCAUAUGUCCUGAUGCCGUCGGUCGGCUACUGCUUCAUAUACGAUCCCCUGAUGCGUAUUGUAGCCGCCAUGGACAACAAUGUUGACUACCAGAAGCACCCUAUUUUGUACCACACAUUAGGAAUCAGUGACCUACACGGUACCCAGGAUCAUGACCCCGAUGCACAAGCUUCCUGGGCUGUUUUGCAGCAGCUCAACGAUGCAUUUCCAGCGACCAUACCUCACGAGCAGGGCUCGUUGGUGCCACGACGCGAGACAAGCAUACAAUACCUAACUUCCACCGAAAUGAAAUGGUCUGAAAUUGCCCCUGGAACUCCCUGGCCAGAGAAUCUUGCCCACUAG